AUGAAGUUGAAUAUCUCCUACCCAGCCAAUGGGUCGCAAAAGCUCAUCGAGGUCGACGAUGACCGAAAGCUACGUGUGUUCAUGGAAAAGCGCAUGGGCAACGAAGUUCCAGCCGACUCUCUCGGUGACGAAUGGAAGGGCUACAUUGUCCGAAUUACCGGAGGCAAUGACAAGCAAGGCUUUCCUAUGAAGCAGGGUGUCAUGCUUCCUACCCGUGUUCGACUCCUCCUCUCCGAUGGCCACUCUUGCUACCGGCCUCGCCGAAGUGGUGAGCGAAAGAGAAAGUCUGUUCGUGGUUGUAUCGUCGCUCAGGAUCUGUCGGUUCUUGCUUUGUCGAUCGUCAAGCAAGGAGACGGAGACAUUCCAGGCUUGACUGAUACUGUCAACCCAAAGAGACUUGGUCCAAAGCGAGCCACCAAGAUCAGAAAAUUCUUUGGUCUCAGCAAGCAGGAUGAUGUCCGAAAAUUCGUUAUCCGACGAGAAGUUACACCAAAGAAAGAAGGCGCCAAGCCAUACACCAAAGCACCAAAGAUUCAGCGACUUGUUACUCCUCAGCGUAUGCAACACAAGCGACACAGAAUCGCAGUCAAGCGAAGAAGAGCUGAAGCUUCCAAGGAUGCUGCCAAUGAGUAUGCUCAGCUACUUGCCAAGAGAGUUCAUGAGGAACGUGAGAAGAGAUCCGAGCUCCGAAAGCGAAGAGCCUCAUCCAUGCGAAAGUAG